GGCACUUUAAAUAUGGAAAAAGACACGCCGCGGUCUCAGAGUCCCCACACGCCGCCAGCGACACUCAAAACGAGCCUUUUCUUGACGAUGUCACCGAGACGCCAGCUGAACAAGUCCAGCACGAUAUGACGGUUGUGUGUUACGUGUUAAUUUGGUUUUGUAGAGUCGGAGAAAUCAUUCCAGCCAGAUAGCUGCUGCUCCUCGACUCCUUUCUUUUACUUUUAUCCUCUUGAAAAAGCGCCACUGCCAGAGUACGUGAAGAAUACAAGACCGAGCGGCUUGAGCUGAACAUUAGGACCGCUGAUCAUCUGGAAAGGCCAAGUUUGACACCAUGAGUUCCGACAAGAAGGUGGAGGAUGAAGCAGUCUUGGACAGAGGAGCUUCCUUUGUCAAGCAUGUCUGUGAUGAAGAGGAAGUGGAAGGUCACCACACUGUGUACAUCGGCGUGCACGUUCCCAAGAGCUUCCACCGGAGGAGACGCCACAGACGCAAGUCUAGCCACAAGGAGAAACGGGAACGAGCUGAACACAGUACGGAAGGAUACAAGUCAGAUGGAGAGAACGCAGAUGAGUCCGCCGCGAACGUCCUCAAACCUCUCAUUUCUCCAGCAGAGAGGAUCAGGUUUAUCCUGGGAGAGGAGGACGAUGGGCCCCCACCUCCUCAGCUCUUCACCGAGCUGGACGAACUGCUGUCUGUGGAUGGGCAGGAGAUGGAGUGGAAGGAGACAGCCAGAUGGAUCAAGUUUGAGGAGAAGGUGGAGAAGGGCGGCGAGCGCUGGAGCAAGCCCCAUGUGGCCACGCUGUCCUUACACAGCCUGAUGGAACUCAAAACGUGCAUCGAGAAGGGCACCAUCAUGCUGGACCUGGAGGCCUCCACACUGCCACAGGUUGUUGAGAUGAUCACCGACAGCCAGAUCGAGGCUGGUCAGUUGAAGGCCGACCUGAAGGAGAAGGUCAUGUACACGCUGCUACGGAAGCAUCGCCACCAAACCAAGAAGUCAAACCUGCGUUCUCUUGCUGAUAUUGGCAAGAGUGUUUCCAGUGCAAGUAGGCUGUUUUCCAGCCAGGAAAAUGGUAGCCCAACUACCGCCCAUCGAAACCUCACCUCCAACAGCCUGAGUGACUUCUCUGACAAACCAGAGAAGGAUCAGCUGAAGAAUAAGUUCAUGAAAAAACUGCCCCGCGAUGCAGAGGCGUCGAACGUGCUGGUCGGAGAGGUGGACUUCCUGGAAAACCCCUUUGUGGCAUUUGUGCGUCUGCAGCAGGCUGUCAUGCUGGGAGCGCUGACCGAGGUCCCAGUGCCCACAAGAUUUCUCUUUGUCCUGCUGGGACCCAAAGGGAAAGCAAAAUCCUAUCAUGAAAUUGGAAGAGCCAUUGCCACCCUGAUGUCAGAUGAGGUGUUCCAUGAUAUUGCCUACAAAGCAAAGGACAGGCAGGACCUGCUGGCUGGUAUCGAGGAGUUCCUGGAUGAGGUCAUCGUCCUGCCCCCUGGCGAGUGGGACCCUGACAUUAGGAUAGAGCCACCCAAGUCUCUGCCCUCCUCUGACAAGAGGAAGAACAUGUAUGCCGGAUUAGAUGGGCCUCACAUGAACGGUGACACUCCCCAUGAUGCGGGACAUGGAGGGGGAGGAGGACACCAGGUUGGAGAGGAACUUCAGCGCACUAGAAAGUUUUGCGGAGGUCUUAUCCUGGAUGUCAAGCGCAAGCUGCCAUUUUUUGCCAGUGACUUCUAUGAUGCUCUUCAUAUCCAGUCUCUGUCGACCAUCCUGUUCAUCUAUCUGGGCACAGUCACCAAUGCGAUCACGUUUGGAGGCUUACUUGGUGAUGCUACAGAAAACAUGCAGGGAGUGUUGGAAAGUUUCGUGGGUACAGCACUGACGGGAGCAGUGUUCUGCCUGCUGGCUGGCCAGCCUCUGACUAUUCUCAGCAGCACGGGCCCAGUGCUCGUCUUUGAAAGACUCCUCUUUAACUUCAGCAGAGACAACGGCUUCGACUACCUUGAGUUCCGGCUGUGGAUCGGCCUGUGGUCGGGCUUAUUCUGUCUGGUGCUGGUCGCCACAGACGCCAGCUUCCUGGUGCAGUACUUCACCCGUUUCACCGAGGAAGGCUUCUCUGCACUCAUCAGUUUCAUCUUCAUCUAUGACGCUUUCAAGAAGAUGAUAAACCUGGGGCACUACAACCCGAUUAACUCCAAUUACGAUCCCAACUUGAUCACUCAGUACGACUGCCGCUGCAUGCCUGGCAACUCAUCAGAACUCUUUGAUGUCUCUGCCUGGACGAACAGUACUGAUCUGUCAGUGAAUUCCACCUGGGCGUCCCUGACCAAGAAGCAGUGUCUGAAAUACGGCGGGCAGCUGGUCGGAGACAGCUGUGGCUACGUGCCUGACAUCACCUUGAUGUCCUUCAUCUUGUUCUUUGGGACUUACACCUGUUCCAUGGCUCUGAAGCAGUUCAAGACGAGCCGCUUCUUCCCAACCACAGUGAGGAAGCUCAUCAGUGACUUUGCGAUCAUCUUGACUAUUCUUCUCUUCUGUGGUGUGGACGCCUUUGUCGGUGUGAACACCCCAAAGCUCAUAGUGCCAAGUGAAUUUAAGCCCACAAAUCCAAACAGGGGCUGGUUUAUUCUUCCUUUUGGAGGAAACCCCUGGUGGGUGUACCUGGCAGCCUCACUCCCCGCACUGCUGGUCACCAUUCUGAUAUUUAUGGACCAGCAGAUCACUGCUGUGAUUGUCAACAGGAAAGAGCACAAACUCAAGAAAGGGGCAGGCUAUCACUUGGACCUGUUCUGGGUGGCCAUCCUGAUGAUAAUCUGCUCCUUCAUGGGUCUGCCGUGGUACGUGGCUGCCACCGUCAUCUCCAUCGCCCACAUUGACUCUCUGAAAAUGGAGACCCAGACAUCGGCCCCCGGGGAGCAGCCUAAAUUCCUGGGUGUGAGGGAACAAAGAGUCACUGGUAUCUUUGUUUUCCUCCUGACGGGGCUCUCUGUCUUCAUGGCUCCUAUCCUCAAGUUCAUUCCCAUGCCUGUGCUCUACGGUGUGUUCCUCUACAUGGGUGUGGCGUCGCUCAAUGGUGUUCAGUUCAUGGACCGCCUGCAGCUACUCUUGAUGCCAGCCAAGCACCAGCCGGACCUGAUCUACCUGAGACACGUCCCCCAGAGACGCAUCCACCUCUUCACCUUCAUCCAGGUCCUGUGUUUGGCCCUCCUCUGGGUUCUCAAGUCUACUGUGGCUGCCAUCAUCUUCCCUGUCAUGAUCUUGGCAUUAGUUGCCGUUCGUAGGGCGAUGGACUACGUGUUCUCCCAACAUGACCUCAGCUACCUGGACGAUGUCAUCCCAGAGAAAGACAAGAAGAAGAAAGAGGAUGAGAAGAAAAAGAAACACAAGAAGAAGGGAAGCAUCGACAGUGAAAUCGAAUUUUCUGACUACCCCUACCAUGAAAAUAUCCCCAGUAUAAAAAUCUCUAUGGAUAUGAUGGAGCAGCAGCCCAUGUUGGGGGAAAAAUCUUUCGAUAGAGAUCAAUCCCAGACUUUCCUUAACACGCAUUCGCCGUGCUGAGAACUACUUUGAGUCUCCCACAGUGGCUGAGUAAUCUUGACAGAUGUUCUAGUGCAAAAGGUUUGCCUCAGAUUCGAAUAGACAGGGACACUGAGGAGAACGGUUUCUUCUGGAAAAAGGGCUCUGAAACAGAUCUGUGAAUGAAUUAUCCAAAGAUACAGCAGAACCAGCACAACCUAACAAACAUAACAUUGUACUAUAGUACCGCACUGUAACGGUGUGUGUGUGUGUAUAUAUAUAUUUUUACUACUCCUUGUGUGAGGAUGUAAAUCAGAAUGGCUGGAAGUGUUCUCGAAACAAUUUGCUGGUACUGAAUUUUAAUGAGGGCUACGUCUGAGCGAUCUUCAUCUGCAGAAAGUUCUUACAGAAAACAAAAGGGCUACUCAAGUCAUUUCUAUGCAGUUUAAGACAUUAAUGUCUUAUGAAUGUGUAUGCUAAUAAUUUAUAAUAAGCGUCCAGCUAAAAAUGUUUUUAACAUAAAAGAUGUCCAGUAUACAGUUUGUAGCCAGCAGGUGACUGCAUAGCAUCCACAUUAGUUAUUAUAUCACUCAUACACAUCAGGAGGUUCCCACAGUCUUUUCAUGUAGAUUAAAUCCAAAUAGCACCAAACAUAACCAGCCUCUUUCUUUUUAUAGACCUGUUUUUGUUCUGUAUUAUUUUAAUAGUACUGGUAGAGUUUAAGUUAUAACUGCUAGAAUCUUAAGAUCAAAAUAUAGUGGAGGUACUGCAUUUGGAGGGGAGCACAGGGGGACACACAUCAGAAAUCCUCCAUUACCUGUAGUGAACAAAAGGCUGCAAAAGGUCAUCUGUGCACAGUCAUGAACGGACAUUAAUUUUGUAUUAAGGGGCAUAUUCAUUAUUUAUUGAGCACCCAUCUUUAAGGCUGCAUCUUCAUAAAACACAUCCAGAAGAUACUGUCAGAAUACCGUGUUUGUCUCGGUAUGGUAAGACGAAAAUCGAUCAAAACCAUACCGACUGGAACGUCUGUUUCUGUUUCUUAUUCUUCCAUCUUUUUACUUAUCUGUAUUUAUUGUAUUUAAACUCAGUCAGCAAAAAAUAUUGCUGUUUGAAUCUUAAGUGUGGCUUUACUAUUUGACUUCCCCAUUUGUGCAAAUUUGAAGAUAUUCUUACUGUGGUCUGCAUCCACUCAACUGUCUUUUCCCUUUUAGGGAUGUGUUAUACUUGUAUGUAGCUCUACCUCUGAUUUCUCUGUAGGUGCCAGGCAUUGAAUAUUCAAAUCAUCUGUUGUGCAGAAGUUUGUGAUCAAACACUGAUUUAUUUUUAUUUUUUUUUCAACUGGCCCUGAAUCUUAACUUUGAGUUCAUCUUUGCUUGCUCUGUGACAUAUAAAAUACUUUUGUUUUUCUUGUUUGUCAAUAUGCAGUGAUUAUAUAUGACUGUUUUAAAGGCUAAUUCCUCCAAAAUUAUGUUUUUUAUUUUUUUUUUCCCUAAAAGUUUUAAAUAGUUUGGAUUAUCUCUACAAACAAGUAAACACACAGGCGAGAAAAACGAAAGCUAAAAUUGCAUCACCCAACUACAACAAACAAAACACGAUCAGUAUGUUUCAUGUUCUCCUUUUGAGCUCAUCUAAGUGAAUGCAGUUCAAUGUUCUCACACUUGACUGUGAACUCAACCCUGAAAGCCUAUUUCAUUUGUUUUCCUUUUUAAAAUGUAAUCAUAUUUAAAGGUGUUAAUGUGAUAAAUCUUUGGGUAAACUUUUUUUCUUUUCUUUUUUUUUUAAUUAUGUAAUGAAAUUUUUUUAAUGCAAAUCAACAAUCAAUCACUGUGAGGCAAUGCAAUGUUGUGACUUCCGGUCCUGGAAGAGCUACUGCUUUAUAGUACACAGAGUAAAGAAGUAUAUGUGCAGCAUCUUUAUUUUAAUCUGCUUAGACACUUGCUUCAGUUCAUCAGUAUGUAAAAUCCAUUACGGACAGUUUGAUGAGGAAUGUCUUCAACUUCCCUGUUUGAUUCAAACGACGUGAUCAUGCUUCUGCUGUUGAUUGAAGUACUGUAAUUUAAACUGUCUGAUUCAGUCUUUUUAGAGUAUGAAUGCAUAUCUGAGUCUAAUAUAUCUCAAUCAUUUGAAAUGUACGAGUAUUCCUUGAGGAGAAAGGACAUUCAAAAGCAGUGCUGUUUCUGUUCUGUAGCGCAAAUAAGGGCUUUCAGUCAGGUUUUGACAAUCACAUCGAUUUAUGCUGUGAAGCACAAGACUGUUAAAAGUUCUUCUGAACCAAAAAUCAAAACCCACACUGUCUUCCUGUGAUCUGUAUAUCUGCACUUUUUGACUUUGUGGUUCUGAUUCCAGUUUUUAAUGUUUUAACUCUGAAACCAAUUUCAUACACGAUUCUUAUGUACUCAAUAACCAGAGGUUACUCAGAAGGAAGGUGUGUUGUUUUUUUAUUAUUAAAAGGAGCAGUGUUUCAAAUGUGAGCAAUAAAAACAGUCUGAAUGAUUCUUAAAUACA